GAUUUGCAAUUUUAACUUCCAACCAAUAGCUAUUUGUUUUGUAAGGUUUGACCAUAUGGCAAAGUAGUUAGUACUUGGCUCAAAUGACCGGAAGGGUGGAGGUAGCAGGUUUUCUGUUGCCUCUUGAGACUCAUUAUUACUCCUCUUCACAAGAGUUGCAUUGUUAUGGGUGAACAAAGCCCUAAUGCAAAGCACAGGUCUCAUCCUGUUCCUAUGCAUUCUCAGGAAAUGUUACAGAAGAGUUCUUAUUGAGGUAUAUGAAUGAGCAUUUGACGUGCGAUUUAACCAGGAUGGUCUUUUGGCCUAAAUUAUCAUUAAUUAUUUGAGUAAUUCAUUAUGUAUAAUGUUUUCCUAUGGAAUUUUAUUCCGAUCUGUUUUGUUACAUUCAGGACAGUUUUGCUUAGUCCUUAGUGUAGUUUGGUCAACAUUCCAGUAGACGUCACUAUGACGAUAAAGUGAAAGCACUGUCUGGCAUGCUUUAUUGCUUUGGUAAAUAUUUCACCUGUUACUGGAGUUAUAGAUUACAUUUCAAGAUCCAUCACCAAUUGAACUUCCUCUGCAAAGCAGUUUGUGAACUGACGAGGAAGUGAAAUGAGUGAAAAGUAAAGUAAUUAAGUAUUACCUCAACAAAAGUUAAAGAUCAAACCAUUUUAAAACUAAUUUGAGCUCUGGAGAAAUGGAUGGAAUUUGUGUAUAUCGGAACAACAAAACUUUCUAAGCCUUAUAGCUAGUUCUACUGUAUUUCCAUCUUCCAGCUUCGCUAGUUUGCUUGAUCUCCUUAGGGAGAAUUAGAGAAAUGCUUAGAUACUCAGCCAUAAGUUGAAAAUAAAUAAUGAAAUUCUUGGUGUUGGUGUAAUUCUUGUAAACCAUUACAUGUGAUGUCUCAGUGAAACAUGUCCUCAAAUGUCCAUAUUGAGGGAACAACUGUGGAUGAAAUAUCAGCUCAAACGUGUCUUGGUUGGUUGACAAAAGCACACCCACCAAGGAAUGGGGCUAUAAUCCCCAGGUUCCCUCAGAGGAAUCCCUCACUGCAAGACUCAAUGCAUUGGACUUUGGCUUCUCUGCUUUGCAGAACCUCUGACUGAACUCCCUGCUGUCUACCCAACAACCCAUUUGCGAGCACACCAGUGUUCAGCACCCAGAUUCACAAUGUCACUUUUCAUCCAUAUAUUGGCCUGCCUGUUUGGCAUGGGCUCCUGGGUGUCUAUCAAUGGACUAUGGGUAGAGCUGCCUCUCAUCGUGCCCCAGAUCCCAGAGGGUUGGUACCUGCCAUCCUACCUAUCCGUCCUCAUCCAGAUGGCCAACGUGGGGCCCCUGUUCAUCACCCUCAUGCACCGCUUCCGCCCCAGGGCGCUCAACGAGACAGUGGUCAUCUAUGUGAUCAUCUCCCUGGGCAUGGUGGCCAGCUUUCUCCUGGCCUUCUUCUGGAAGGAGACGCUGGUGGUGGUGGGCGUCCCACGCAGCGUGGCCCUCCUCCUCCUUACCUUCUUCCUCUCCACUGUGGACUGCACCUCCUCUGUCACCUUCCUGCCCUUCAUGAUGCGUCUGAAGCCCCAGUACCUCACCACCUACUUCGUGGGGGAGGGCGUCAGUGGCCUGCUACCCGCCCUGGUAGCCCUGAUCCAGGGGGUGGGGGUGGUCCACUGUAACAACAGCACUCGGAUGAUAAAUGACACUGGCUCAGUUAGUGUUAGCUACGAACUGCAGGCCCACUACCAGCCGGCCAACUUCUCAGCUGAGGUGUUCUUCUUCUUCCUCAGUGCCAUGAUGUUGGUGUGCCUGGGAGCCUUCAUCCUGCUGAACUACCACCCUGCCGUUGCCCGGGAACGCCCAAAUGCUCGCUACCCUAACGGGGUGCUGGAGAAAGGCGAGGCAGCUCAGAAGAACCCGACAGAGCAGAAGCCCAUGAUCAAACAGUCUGAUAUCAAGCCCAAAAGCAACUUUUGGACCGGGACGUACAGCUGGAUACAGGUGCUGUACAUGUUCUUCAUCCUGGCCUGGGUCAAUGGCCUGACUAACGUUGUGCUUCCCUCAGUGCAGUCCUACUCUUGUCUGCCCUAUGGAAACAGUGCCUACCACUUAUCAGCCACCAUGGCUGCAGUGUCCAACCCUCUAGCCUGCUUCAUUGCCAUGUUUUUCCCAACAAGGUCCUUAUUGCUGUUGGGGGCUCUCACGGUGGUUGGCAGUGGGGUUGGAGCCUACAUCAUAGGCAUGGCAGUGCUGAGUCCAUGUCCUCUGCUGGUCAACGAAACCUCAGGAACCUUCCUCAUUGUGGGCUCCUGGAUCCUCUUCGUCCUCACUUUGUCCUAUGUUAAGGUGAUCAUUGGAGUGAUCCUCCGUGAUGAGGGCCACAGUGCUCUCGUGUGGUGUGGAGCAGUGGUGCAGUUGGGCUCCUUGAUGGGUGCCGUCACCAUGUUUCCCUUGGUCAGUGUGUAUAGUUUAUUUUUAUCAGGAGACCCAUGUAACACAAAGUGCCCUUAAAUUAUGCUAAACAACGAUGAUCCAGGCAUAUUCUGAGAAAAACAUAUUUGAUUAAUUCCUCUGAAGCAUGUGUACUUUAUUAGUAAAAUGCAAUUGAACAACUAACCAGUGAGGUGAACAGAAUUCAGCCAACUCGUCAUAGUAAGUAUACCGUAUAUAAGGUUCAGGGUGAUUUACACCCUCCAAAUAUCUUGUCAUGGAACAUUGGUGCUAUUUGAUAAGCUACCAUCAGAGCCUCUUUUCACUUUACACUAGCAGCUUGUGGAUAGUAAAAUUAGGGGCUUUUGUCAGUGCAUGCAAAUAAUAUCAGGCAGAGAGUAAGCACAUUCAUAGAGUAGCACAUACCAGGUAAAGAGAAAGAACAUUCAGCUUUCCGGAAGAUAAAAGCCUUUUUGUAGCAGACGCCAUUGAAUAAAUGGACUUGUGAUUAACUAUGUCAACUAUUAUGGUAGCCCUAAUCUAAUGUUGACAGAUCUAAUGUCUGACAGUUUGGACUUGACAAGAGUUAUGGGGAGAGUCUUGAAUGGACCAUUCUCACAGUGGAUAAUCUUUCAUAGGAAUUCAGUGAUUAUGUAGCAAUUUUAACAUUUAACAUUUGGUCAUUUAGCACAGGGGUUCCCAAACUGUUUCACUCGGGGCCCCCCUUCCAGCAUUGGGGAAUAUCCCACACCCUCCUGCGCCCACAGCUUAUUUCCUGCUAUUCUACACAUUUUGUCAUGGGGUGCAAAGAAAAUGUUGCACUUUUAAAGCAAAUUCUCUUGAUAUUCUAUACAUUUUGCCAUGUCUAAUGUGUAUUCAUGUGAUAUUUGAGUGUCUAAAAAAAUUACUAUC